UACUGGGCAUGUUCGACGAGGCGCCGCCGCCGAUGGCCGCCGCGCCGGCCCCGGCUGUCCCGCCUGCUCCGCGCAAGCCGAGCGCCGAGGCGGGCGGCGUGGGCGUGCUGAGCGAUAGCGACAGCGACAGUGACUCGGGCUCCAGCUCCGACAGUGAAAUGGACGUGGAUAGUCGACCGGUGCCGCCAGCCCCUCCAGCUCGCCAGAACGGCUUCUCGAUGCCGUCCAUGCCUUCGACGGAUCUGCUGACGGAUCUGCAGCUGUCCGACUCGGAUUAGACCGGGAUCGAAGCCGCCGGCGGGGGCCACGCCCCUCGGAGUGCGCGUCCGGCCGGCUGUUUGCCAGUUUUCGCUGUCGCCUGGGCCCCCCAUGCUGGUUUGCACGGAUAGCGUGGCCAGGCGGCCGACAAUUCCGUGUUUUGCACGGCAUGAAGAACUGUUGGAAUUCGCCAACUUCCGUGCUUUGAAGAUCUUGCAAAGCAUCCGGAAGCUCUGUAACAGACUCUUCCGUACCAAGCCAAACAACCGCCUUUGCGCGUUCGCAGAUCCUUCCCAGAUGUGUUACAAUACCUAUAGAGGGGCGCGAUGUCGCUGCCUCUGCAAUGGCGAUGCAAUGUUUGCGUAUCAGCGUAAUCGUACAUACGUGGUGAUGGGUGUGUGCCUACCAAUUUGUCUAUUUCUCCUUGUAGCCUGGCGUGGUCAGGGGAGUGGGAAGGGCAUAUCGCCAGGAGAGACAGAAUGUCGUUGGCACGCGGUGGUCACCGGCUGCAAUCUGCCCGUGAGACGUAGGUGAUACUGUCGCGUGUUCGUUCGUCACUGCGUGUUGGUGGCGGCUUUUCGUUCGCGUCGCCUGGAGCCGCGGCGUGCGAUGUGUUGGCCAGGUCGCCCUUGGGUCACCCGAACGGCGCGCUGUCGUCCGGCGGCGCCACGGCCCCAGCCGGGCGAGGUCUGGCCGCUGGAUGGACGGGGCCGGUCGCCGGCUCUUCCGAGUGCGGCGGGCGUGGCACCCCUGCUUGUGCCAGAGGCUCUGGGGUCAGGCUGAGCGGUAGGAGCUCGCCGGGGGCUGGACCGUGCUGGGACAGUGUCGUCAGGACCCGCGCGGUUUGGAUCGUUCAGGGAAUGUGCGGGUGUGAACAGAUCACGGUAAGCGUCUCGGUAGCGGCUCGCCGUCGACGUAACGUCCCUGGCGUGGCGUUGCCGCCGUCCCGGAUCAUUCAGUCCAGGCGGGAAUCAAACGCUGCUGCACGUUUGCGACAUGCACGAUGGUCGGUGGCCGGAGCUCGCGGCCGUCCACUCCGGCCGAAUUCAAUGGAAAGCUGCUGGAGUGCCGCUGAAGUGGUGUUCCGGCUCUGAGGAUGUGCGAGUCCGCCCGGUGAUAUUCAUAAGCACCACGGACCGUCGACGGUCGACGUGCUGGUGUGUCCGCGCGCGUUGUCGUGAUUCGAGUCCAUGUCUUCGGGCCGUGAACGCGCGACGGGAUGGCCCUGGUCUUGAACGCGAUCGGUAUUGAUGUUCAUGUGGCUGUUCAGAAACGCUUGGCGUGUAGCAUAUGUCCCUUGGACGUAUGUUUGUGUCCGUGUCCCAAGACACUCAACACGGACAGGGCGGGUACCAAGACAACUCGCGCAAAACUCGAUCAGCAAUCUGGGGCGUCCGUGCGCACUGCCGCUCCUAUGACCCGCGGUGACCUCAGUGAAGCCCCGCGGCGUGCGAGCCGGCUCAGACGUUGAACUCCCCAGCGUCCCGUCUUGUUACUGUUGUCGGCGGGUGCAGGGCUGUCGCGUGCCGCCCUGGCGCGGACGAACUGGCGAUGGUGUGGCCCCUCCCCGCCCUGUAACACCGCCGUUGGCCUGUCCAGAUUGGGAACCUGUUUAAUAUGCGUGCUCUAUCUGUAUCGGGAAUACAGUUUUCUUACGAG